AUGCCCGUCCAGCCUCGACGUAGCCAAACAGAGGCCAUGGCCCUCAGAAAGGACCCUCACUGCUCUGCCUGGGCACCUCAGCCCCAUCCAGCCCGGCCACCCUGUGACCAGUGCCAGGAGGGCAUUGUGGCCUCAGCCCACUCCCACACCUCACAAAGCCCGUCACCGUGGGAACCAGGCCAGCCAACCAGAGCGCUCUGCUUGGAAAGGGAGCCUGACACAUUGCGCCUCCCCUCCCUGGACAGGCACACCCAACAUCCAGGGGCCUCCCAGGGCUCCCUCCCGCUGGAUAAACCAGCUCAGCUGCCCCCCACUCUCCCCCAGGACAGGAAAGGGGACUCCUGUAGCUGUAAUGCCCAGGACCAAGAUGUAAGCCUCCAGUCACCCUGCUUAGAGCGCCAGCCAACCCCGCGGCCACGCCAUGACACGGGAGCCUCUCAGGAGCCGCUGAGAGUCGCCGGCAGUGCCCUGGGGCCCGCCUGGAGCAGCGGGAGCAGCGAGAGCAGAGCGAGCAGCGUGUGGAGCGUGCGGCGCGGCAGCCUGGAGAAGGGCGGCCGCCUCAGCCAGCUGAGCAGCGGCUACGCGGGCGACGAGGAGAACAGCGAGGCCAGCCUGGUGGGCGGCGCCCGGAUCGCCAAGUGGAACAGAAGGCUCGGAACCCAAGCGGUGGGCACCCAGACCAGCCGGCUGUGCGCCGCCUACCACCCCAAACAGCUGAAGAGCCGGGCGGCCAGCCCCGCCCACGGCGCCCGGCAGCCUGGAGGGGAAACGUGA